AGUGCAAAUUUGAGUUACCUCAGUGAGUUAACCAUUGAAAACCUGGUUAGAGUAGACCUGACCCAGACCAGAGGUCGGACACCACAAAGCCAACACUAUAUCUCCGGCGAGACCACCGCAUCACCGCCGGAGCGGGACGAGCUCCGGUGCAUCCACUCUCAUUAUCUGCAGCCGUAUCCAGCUUUCCAAUAUCCACAUUCUUUAUCCGCAUCGCCGGAGUUGCUUCACAGCUAAUUCGGCUUCGAUUUAUAAUCACUCCUUUCAGCUGUACGAUGAAAUUCCUAUGACAGAAUCUCGCUUCUUUGUCCGACAAAUGGGAUGGACUCUCCCUGAAAAGACGCCGUCUUGCAGUUGGGAUGAUCUGCUCGACAAAAUUGUCGAUAUAUACAUCUCCGGUUCUCAGCCAGCAGAUGGAAUGUGCGCUUCAGAGAACCAUCGGGUAUUCUAGGCUUAGGUCUUCUUCGCUGCCUUCUUCCAGCUCGCAUAUCGUUCUAUUCUGCUCGAUUGGAAAAUCAGACAAUAAUCAUAAACCAAGAGCUGGCAACGUUAUCUCAAGCUUAUUUGCGAGCCAAAAACCCUCCUCCGCAAAGUCCUAUUUGAGUCUUAGAACUGCUCUGCAGUCUGGUAUAUGGUCCAAUAACGUGGAGCUGGAACUUCGGAGUCUCAAUAUUGUUCUAAAUAACUACGCAGUCAAUCAGGUGCUUAAGGCUCUUCCAAAUUCUGAAAUGGGUUUCUGCUUCUUUAUGUGGGCUGACACCCAGCCGGGAUUCAAGCAUGACCAUUUCACCAUCAAGUCAAUCAUCUGUUUACUUCUGAAAGAUCAAAACUUUGAUCUUCUGUCUGUUAUUCUGAGAAAAUUACGCGAUGAAGGGUUCACGCUGCACCGUUCUAUAUAUAGAAUACUUAUAUCAGGUUAUGUCAAAUCUGGUUUGCUCAGAUUUGCUUUUGAAGCAUUUGAUGAAAUGAUUGUGUCGGAUUGUCGUGUUUUUAGUGUAGACUACAAUAAGUUCAUAGGCGUGCUGAUUAAAAACAGCUGUUUUGAUUUAGCUGAGAAGUACUACAAUGAGAUGAUCCAUGAAGGUUUUACUUUGAGCUCAUUUACCUAUUCAAAGUUCAUUUCUUAUUCAUGUAAGACCGGAAAUCUUCAAUUUGUCAAAAAACUUUUGCUGGACAUGGAUAGGAAUGGAUGUGUGCCUUACAUUUGGGCUUAUAACGAGUACUUGAAGUCCAUAUGUAAAGAAAAAAGAUUGGAUGAAGCUGUGAACUUCUUACAAACUAUGGCUGAGAAAGGAAGAGAGCCUGAUCUUGUUAGCUAUACAACGAUUAUCAGCGGCUUAUGUGGAACCAGAAGAUUCACCUCGGCAGUGGAAAUUUGGGACGAAAUGUGGAGAAAGGGUUUUAAGCCGGAUGUUAUUGCAUGUGGUUCAUUAAUUUUUGGUUUGUGUGAUCAUGGACAAGCUGAUGUUGCUUAUGAAAUAAUGAUGGAAGCGAUAAAAAAUAAAUGUGAGCUGAGUGUUUCAAUUUAUAAUGCUGUUGUUAAUGGCUUUUGCAGAGCUGGCAGAGUCGAUAAAGCGAAAGCAAUUGUAUCCCUGAUGAGAAGAAGCGGAUACAAACCUGAUAUUGUUACAUGUAACAUACUUCUGAAUUAUUGGUGCAACAAAGGAAUGCUGGAUGAAUCAGAGAGAUUGAUAAAAUUUAUGGAAAAUUCAGGGGUUAAUCCUGAUAAUUACAGUUUUAAUCAACUACUAAAGGGUCUUUGCAAGACUAAAAAGAUUGAAAAAGCAUAUAAGUUGUUCACUAAUAAGAUGGAGAUCGAAGGUCUUUGUGAUAUCAUAUCCUGCAACAUCCUAAUUGAUGGUCUUUGCAGGGCCAGAAGAACAUCUGUCGCACACAAGCUGUUUAAGGGAAUGGAUAUGAGGGGGGUAAAACCGGAUAUAGUGACAUAUGGCACUCUGAUUAAUGGGUUUUUGAGGGAUGGAGAUGCUAAAUUUGCUGAGGAGCUUUUUGAUCAGAUUUUCAAGGUUGGUUUGGUCCCCAAUGCUCAUGCUUAUUGCAUUAUGGUACACCACUUUUGUAAAACUGGCCGAAUCGGGCUUGCUUGCAGCUACUUCCAUGAUAUGAUUAAGUGGGGGAUCUCUCCUGAUGUAGUUUGCUACAGCGCACUUCUUAACGGACUUCUCAGAGUUCACAGAGUUAAUGAAGCCAUGGUUUUUUAUGAAGAUAUGUGGAACAGGGGCGUAAUUCCUGAUGAUGUUACAUACAAGUUGCUUAUUGGAGGACUUCUAAUGGAGGAUAAGGUUGCUUUGGCCCUUACGACAUGGGAUGAUAUGAUGGAGAACGGCUUUACUCUUGACAAGACAGUUUCUGAAAGAUUGAUAGAGGCAACGAAGUUGAAGGAUGUAUCAAGCCAGAAAAUCACUCAGGCGUUGACAAAAAUACUAUAGUUUUCAAGGAGAAUGCAUAUGGUUUGUUAACAGUUUGGCCUAAGGAAGACCAAGGCACUGAAUGAAAAACAGGGUUAAUGAAGAUCUGUCUUCCCUGGCGGGGAUUUUCUUUUGCUUACUAGUGCGGGUUCAACUGAAGGUUUUAAAGAUCAAUAAGCAAUCUUCAUAGAGAUUACAGGAUAUGUAGUUGCUGGAAGCCUGCAUUGUAUUCAUUUCACCAAAAUUUUCCAGCAGAGAAAACUGCCAUUCGCAACAUGAAAUCUGCUGUUUUCAGUUUCGACAUGCUGUCAAGCCGCCCGCUCCUCACUGAGUCGUCCUUUGGCUGUUGUUUUCCUUCCGGGCAGCUGUGAAAUCGCC